AUGAAGAGCACUACAGGACAAGCGUCGCUUCCCAGUCUGGGUUACCUCGGGAAACGAAACGCGGCAGAGGAGUUGAAAUCCCCUGGACGGGUCGAAGAAGGGGGCGGAGGCUCGCGGGCUGUCAGCCACAGGCUCCGCCUGUCUCCUGACGCAGCGAAAGGGCCGAGCUCUCUGUUUGUUGAGGGAAGAAAAGACAAGAGCGACGCUGUGGGGGGCGAACUUUUGCAGCCAGGCCGGUGUUUCGUCGACCCGGGACAGCGAGAACAAAUCGAGGAGGCAGCACGCGCGCAACGUCAAUUCGAAGCAGGUCUUUCCUCGUCAACCGCGACUUCUUCGCCUUUGUCGAGCAACGACUCUGUUUGCCUCUCGAAUGGAAGGCGUUGUUCCCUUGCCGACUUCGGUCUCUUUAGCCCUUCUCUAGGUGGACCUCUGCCCGCGUCUUCCUCUCCGUCGUUGUCUACACCCCCGCGCUCCCCUCCACCCUCUCGUGGUUCCUCCUCCUUCCCUCCUCAUCGGGGUUCGUCCUCUCGCUUCGCAUCGCCUCUCUCCCUUCCCGCCUCUUUGCUGCUCUCUGCGCCUCCCGAAGAGCUCCGCCCUGCAUCGCCUUCUGUCCCUGCAUCGCCUUCUGUCCCUGCAUCGGCCUUCGCCGAGCCGUCUCUCUCCACGCCUCCGGGUAUUUCACGGUGUGAUCCAGCACACCGCGAUCACCGUUUUCCUCUUCGCCGAGAAACGCUUCGAUUCACCUCCUCCCCGACUGUCGCUUCUUCUGUCUCACCAGACCACCUCGACCAGGCACCUGCGCCUGUCUCUCUUCCCCCGGGAGGCAGCGCGUCACCCUCUUCUCGUCCGUCUCCUGUUCUUGCCGUCGCUCCUCACCUCGAGUCGCAGGACCAGCGCGGGGCACACCACGCCGCUGCCGCGGCUGGUCUCUCUUCCCCCUCGCCUUUCGGAGUUCGAGGUCACUGCGAGCAGCCGGAGGCGCCGGGACAGCAUCCAGCGAGAGAUGCGAGAAACAAAGAAAGCCGAGGCGAAGCAGACGAUGAAUACUUCCUGAAAAGAGUCAAGUUUCUCGACCUCGACACGUGCAUCAUUCUGCAAAACAGAAACGGCCCUUGUCCCUUGAUCGCUCUCGCCAACGUCCUCCUCCUCACUGGGCGGCUGUCGCUCCAAGAAGCGUUGCCUCUGUUCGACUCCGCGGGAGCUCGAGGCGACGAUGUGUCGGGAGGACGAGAAAGAGAAGCUGCAUGCACUGUGAGCGGCGACCGGCUAAUUGAGCAACUCGCUGCCGCCCUGCUGCAAGUCCACGAUCGGAAGCUCCGCAGCGGGGGCCCCGCCUCUGCUGUGUACCAAUACCAUCUGCAAGAAGUCCUCGACCUCCUGCCGCAGCUGCGCGAGGGCCUGGAUGUGAACUGCUCCUUUCGCUCGCCCACAGCCUUCGAGUACACUGCAGCCAUUUCUCUCUUUGACUUGUUCGGCGUGCGGCUGCUCCACGGUUGGCUGCCUGAUCUUCCUUCCUCUCACCUUCCUCGUCGAACUGCCGACAAACAAACCGUUGGGCCCGUCUCGGCCUCCCCCAGUGCGUCUCCAGACACUGGCGGUGCGCCCCAUAGUGCGUCGAGGGCUGCAGAUCUCCUCACUUCAGACACUCCAACUGCUGACUCUUCUUCCUCUUCUUCUUCCUCUUCUUCUUCCUCUUCUUCCUCUUUUUCUCCCUGUUCUUCUUCCUCUUCUUCCUCUUCUUCUUCCUCUUCUUCCUCUUUUUCUCCCUGUUCUUCCUCUUUUUCUCCCUGUUCUUCCUCAUCGCCCGCCACGCUGUGUCCCUGCGACGCGUGCUUCCUCGCGCAGUUCACCUACAACAAACUCGUGGAAAGGUGCAUCGCCCACAACGAAUUGCUCGACGAGCUGAGAAACCGACAGGAGCGCGAGAUCCGCCUGCAGUCGCAGGUGGCCGCAGGCGAGUCUGCAGACGCGGAGACAGGCGCGCAGGGACCGAGACCGGGCGAUGAAACGCAGGAGGUGCGGGAGACGCUGGAGAAGAAAGUGACCGCCCUGAUCGCAGGCGCAGAAUCUGUGUUGUCUCCACGGACACUCCAGGAAACAAGCAACGCGCCGAACCACACUGCCGCGUCUUCGGCUCAAAACCGCUUUUCUCCGUCCGUGGAGCCCGCCGCGCGGAGAGGUCUUCUCGACAACCUCGACUCUGCGGAGGUGGAGAAGCUUUUGAAGGAGGGCGGGAUUUUGUCGUCCUUUCUCGCGAGCACUUCCUCGCAGCUCACGGAGCGCGGACUGCGUCUGCUCUCUUCGCCCUGCAGCUGUUUCGACGGCGUCGGUUCUCUCGAGUCCACAGCCGCGCAGCGCUCCGAGGUUUGCCCGGGAGACGCGAGGGACAGCGAGUGCAGCCCCACCUGUGCAUGCCGCUGCCACACGCCGCUUCCAGUGCGACGCGCCUCAACCGCGGGAGACUCGCAAGCUCUAAAUGGUCCUGUUUCCGGGCUUCCUUCCCUUCCUUCUCUUCCUUCUGUGCCUCCGUUGAAUGGAGACGGAGAGAGAGGGAGAGAAGUGUUUUGUUGCGCGUCGUGUUGUCGCCACGAGGCCGUGCUCGCGGAGCUCGCGCCGGCGGUGCUCUUUCGAAACAAUCACUUCCUCACCGUCGUCCGGCGAGGCCGGUCACUGUACGGCCUCGCCACAGACUUCUCUUUCCUGCAUGCAGGCACCGCCGUCUGGGAACGGAUCGUGGACGUUUGGGGAGACAACGUGUACUGCGAUGAGCAGUUCAGAGACGAAGCCGAAAGAAGAGAGAGAGAAAGAGAGAGAUGUGGAGUGUAUGGCGCAGGGGCCGGAAGUUUUUCGGGGAGGAGGGAGCGAAGAGACAAAGAGAGGUGGGAAGACGAGAGGAGUGCAUCUGGGGGGGGAAGGCGGUGGAGCUCGGAGCGAGACAAGCGAGAAUGUGGAGAACGCGACCGGCGCGGCUACGUGGAUGCAUGCGGAGGCGGCGAAGUCAGCAGACGGGAAGAAGACGACUUUCGCCUCGCUCUGAGGCUCCAGGAAGAAGAAGAAAGACAAGUCCGCGCCGUCGCGGCUCUCCGGGGUGAGCACCAGCGACGGGGCCCCGGGCGGGCGGCCUCGCGGCGCGGCGGAGACAACAGCGCAGCUUCUAGUCCUGGAGACGAGUACGACGGAGGCCGAGGAUUGAGCAGUUUGUGGAGAGGCCGAAAGAGCAACAAGAAGAAGCGGCACGGAUGCUCCAUCAUGUGA